AUGAUGGUCGUUCUACGUUUCAACCGAAAUCAGCCUACUGUUUUCGGGUUCUAUUCACUCAAUGCGACGAUCUGGAACUUUCGGCAUAGCCUGGUUGAUGUUUCUGUUGGCAUGAUAUGUGUAUAUCUCCCCAAUUUUCUCAGAGAUGCUCCUUAUCCCUUUUGUUUCGCUUCUCGCAGGAUACCCCAGGUCAACGCCCCUGACGAAGCUCGCAUCACGAUCAUCGACCAGCAACACGAAGAAAGAGCCCUGGCAGUCGAUGUUGCUCCAGUUUUGAGGCUUCCCGCUUCCCUCUGGACCCAGUCAGUCAUAUCAGCGGCUUUAGAGACACGCGUAUUCACAGUCCCAUGGGAAUAUCAGCAUCACCUUAGUGGACCGCGCGUGGAUGGUACAUGGAGUUGGUACGUGAUGCGAAAGUUCAACGACGCGAUUAGCCCCGGCUUUCCUCCAGCGGCGGGAUGGGCAUGGAAAGCACUGACUUUCAAUCCAGGAGUGAACACCAGUGCGGGAGAUUAUCGAGCGAGUUGCGAUGAUGAAGCGUGGUUACGGAUCAACUCUGGGCCUGCGUGCUAUACACCAGUCAAAAAGGACGGAGAUAUCACCGUCCACUACUCUUCAUCGACAGAUUCACUGCAGUCUACGCGAAAAGGUACAAAGAAAGAGCGUGGUGUAAUUUUACGCACUCGCGAUAACAAGGACUGGCUGGAAUUCGCCAAUACGUAUAGCUUGAGUUCGGGUAACGCCGCUUCAAGUCAGCUGAGAAAUGAGGUUAAGCGACUCGGACCUAGUCUCGAUAUCUCCGCGACGGAUUUUGUUGUUUAG